AAGUCGUCCAAAUGAUGUUUGAGAUUCUGUCUGUGGUGGUCCUAGCUCUAGCCAGUGUUAAUGCUGAAUUUAAGGCUAAUUGUACACAUCCCUGCAAUUGCAAUGGUGUAAGCUGGGAGGGAAAGUUCACUUAUCCUUUUUAUUUUUCUGGGGAAGACAGUGGCAUGACGUAUGAUUACGUGUUCUCUCCAUGUGGUGCCAAAAUAGACUGUGGGAAUACAAGCAAGCCUGUUGUGAUUUGCCAAAGUAACCGUACUAGCCAGGCAAAUGUUGUGGUUGGAGCUUCUAGUAGUGUUGUUUGGACUUUUGCGAGUGAAUCUGACACAAACCAAUUCACAGUGACGUACAGAGAUGGAGAUAAUACGUAUGAUGAAAAAACAAGGAAAGGGGUUAUAUCAGUGACAGUAACAGCACAAGGUAAUCCUUCCUUUGUGUUCAUUGGAGAGAAUCCUGUGAACGACAAUGAACUUGACUAUGUCUUCGCGGCCAAGAUCCCACCUGGUGGAGUAUCUCCUGGAAUUGUUGGGAUUGUCUUAAUAUGUGUGGUAUUAGGAGCAGUGAUACUGUACUUCAUUAUUGGUUCAAUCGUCAUGUUCCAAGUCAAGGGUGCACGUGGAAUUGAGGUGGUUCCCAACUACUCCUUCUGGAAAGAUCUUCCCUUUCUUAUCAAGGAUGGGUUUUUGUUCACGUUUCAACCGUGUCUGAGUGGAUGCAGUAAAAAGAACACAUACAGUCACUUAGUUAGCAAAUGAGGUAGAUGUGCAACCGUCCUAUAAUAAUUAAAUUACUGUUCUUGUUAGAGAGGUACACAUGAUUGUUUAUAUAGCUCGAGCUUUCGAUUGAAAUUUUUACGUUUUAA